UAAGCAAUUUACUGAUUAUGUAACUUUACAAAUGGGAUAACAACAUUAAACUGUUAUUAUUUGUUGUACUUUUAUAUUGCAUUUCUGAAAACUUUUAUUACAUUUUCAUACAUUUGUAUAUUCAUAAAAGAUUUUGUGUUUUAACUUAACACCUAUAUUCGAAGCCAAUCUUUUGCUGAUUAUAUCGCUAUAUUGUCCCUACAGUAUGCAACGUUAUAUAUCAAGUAUCAAAGAGAAUGGUUAAUGAGAAAUAAUGGAGCAUACAAUUCCGUCCGACAUCCUCGACGAUCUUAGUAGUCGAUUUAUCAUUAACGUACCUGAGGAAGAAAGAAAAGACUUGGUGCGAAUAUGCUUUCAAAUCGAAUUGGCACACUGGUUUUACUUGGACUUCUACUGCACUGAAGAAAAUCCCAAGUUGAAGCCAUGUAAUAUGAAGGACUUUGCUACGCAUAUAUUUCAGCACAUACCUUUUUUAAUACCACAUGUGCCCCAUAUUGACGCUGUGCUAGAACAAUGGAGAGAGUACAAGCAGAAUGUGCCAACAUUUGGUGCAAUUGUAUUAAAUGAAAAUAUGACCAAGGUACUCUUGGUUCAAAGUUACUGGGCAAGGAACAGCUGGAGCUUUCCCAAAGGGAAAGUAAACGAAGAUGAGGAACCUCUGCAUUGUGCAGUACGAGAGGUCUUGGAAGAGACUGGCUUUGAUAUAUCCAAUUUGAUUGACAAAAACGAGUACAUUGAAUCUGCAAUAAACGAUCAAGUGGUGAGAUUGUACAUAAUCUCUGGUGUGCAGCAAGACACCAAGUUCCAGCCAAAAACGCGGAAAGAAAUCAAGAAUGUCGAAUGGUUUGAUGUGGCAGAUUUGCCAAAUAACAAAAAGGACAUGACUCCUAAAGUAAAGAUUGGCGUCGGGCCAAAUGCAUUUUUUAUGGUGGUACCUUUUGUCAAACGAAUAAAGCGAUGGAUACAAGAGAAGCAGCAACGCGAGAGGAACGUUACGACGACUCGAAGACAUAGGCAUAAGUCCUUAGGAGACGUCGAAACGGUUCCGAAGAGUAAACGACAACAGCAAUUAUUUCCCCACUCGGUACAGAAUGAAAUUCCAGAUUUUAAAGAGUUUAAAAACAGUCGUCAGUCGAACACCUCUCCAGCUCGUAAUCGUCGCGGUGUGCACGAUAAUAAAAACACUCCGUCGAAGGCUGCGUUGAAAAGGAAUCUAUUCGGCGAUCACGAUGAGGAUCAAUCGCCUUUAGUUCUCGCGAAACAGUUAAUUGAUAGUCCUCAACAGCAGCAGCCAUGUACAUUCCUCAAUGAUCCUGCGAUUCAAUCGAUCAAGUGCACCGAUUUCAGUUACAAAAUGCAAUCGUCGGAGAAAGAAGUAAAAGGUCCUCGCAAAAAAAGCCUACCAGAGGGAAAUAUCAAGCCGCUGUUGUUCGGAGACGCCGCUCGCAAACUACAAAAAGACUUUAAGACCAUUCCACCACCGCCCUUCGAUCUAGAACACAACUGUUCACCAUUCAUAACGAAGAAUGUGGACGUUCAAGGCUAUCCCGCAGAAAUUCGUUCGAAAACUUGGGAUAAUUUUAAAUUUAAUAGAGCGAUUCUCGAUUGUCUCUAUGAUCAUACCACCACUGAGGAGGCCCAUGUAAAGAUGAUAAAUAUACGCCAUUAGCAAAGUAGGAUCUGUGUCUUCCACUUCUCUCAAACGCAUUAGAUACUUGGCAACACUGUCUCUGCAAUUUGUAAUAUUUUUACAAAUUAGAAAGAUUCUUCGGAUAUAUUUUAUUACUGAUAAAUUUAUCUUUCAUGAUCACAUGCAUACCCACAAACUAUGAUAUUUGUAUUCAAUGUAGAUGCUCAUUUGAAUCGUAUCAAAUAUAUAUAAAAAAAGUAAAUAUAAAGUGAUGGUAGGACUAAACGUCCAGUACUGGCACUUUGCCUAUUUUCAGCAGUCUCACAUGGACUUUUAUUAAAUAUUAAGGUAAAAGUACCAACAUCUGGACACUAAUAAUACUUGUACUUGUACUUCUUAUUGUUUUAUUUUCAGAUACGAAUUUAAACUUUUAAUUUAGAAUAUAUGUAUAUAUACAUGUACCUGUGAUAAACUAAUAUAUAUAUAAACUUUACGGCGACUUUAAAUAUCACGAAAUUCAGCAGCGUUGAGUUCCUUACGACUGAUUAUAUUACACUUAUAUUUAUCACAUAGAAUAAUGAAAGAAAUAAAAAUAUUAAAAAAUUUUCCAAAAUUUGUUCCAAACAAUAUAUCAUGAUAAUAUGAAAAUCUAAGUAUAAUUUUUAAUAAAUCUUUUGUUACAUCAAUAUAACAGAAAACUUAUAUAUUGUAAUUGAUGUAAAUUUAAUAAUUAAUUCAAUACAGUAUAUUUAUUUCAUAUAAACGUAAUUAAAGAAAUUGUGCAGUUUUCAUUAUUGAUUGUCUUAUGUAGUGAUAAUUAUACACACAUGAAAGUUUAGGUAUAUAUUAAAAUAUUCAUAUUUAAGGUUCCUAAUCUUUCGCCGCGAUGAUCUUGAUUUAUGACGUCAGGAAGGACGAAAUGUAUGCUCAAAAUUUCUACAAAGCAUGUCAAAAAGAUAUAUUCAAAAUAUAUUUGCAAUUGAUUAAACGCAUCUCUAAAAUACUCCAAAUGCAUUUCUUUUGCUCUAAUAAUCAAUAAAUAACUGUGAAAUUAACAUUACAAAAUAAUGAGGAGAAUAUAAAUUAAAAAGAAUGUUUGCAUAUUACAUUAAUUUUACGGUUAUUUAUUGAUUUUUAGAGCAAAAGGAAAGCAUUUGAAAUAUAAGCGUACUUGAUUGUAUGCAAGUGUCAUAUCUUGGGCAUAUCUUUUUAUUUUGACAUACUUUGCAGAAAUCUUGGGCAUACAUUUCCUCGUUUUUGAAGCCAUCAAUCAAAAGUUCCAUAAUAAAGGACUAGGAAUUUUAAAAACCAAAACAGUAAAAAUAUUCAAAGUUAACCAGUUAGCGUCCAAGCAUUGGUACUUUUAUCUUAAGAUAAGUUUAUAAGACUAAAAAUUUUUUUUUCAAAUAAAUUCAAUUUAAUUAAGAUGAUUAAGAGAUUAAAAUAAUAAUUAAUAAAUUUCCAUACACUUUCAUAUUUGAUAAAAUCCAUGAAAAAGUCAUUGAACUUUUAUCCUACUUGUUGCUAUAUUUACUCCAUACAACAUAUACCUAGGACUAUAGUUCUUUCUCCACCCCUUUCCCAAGUAAUGAUCAAGAUCUUGCUCGAAAGCCUCUGUACGUUGAAGCUCACUGAGUGAAAGCAAUCCAAUUUUGGUGUUCUUUAAUCUAAUCAUUGCACCCUCCAAGUAGCGAAACACCUCAUAGAAGACCAGAAGCCCGUCAGCCCAUAUAGAGUCAUCAAGGAAGCCUGAUAGAGAGUACACAA